AUGGCUCCAGUUGCUCUAACUAUGCUCGACCCUAAGUUCUGGACAUACAGACCAUUUUCUGAAAUGAUGAUACGUGCAGCUGCAGAUGAUGUUCGAUUUCGCAAGAUGAUGGAGAAACUGAAUGCACGAUCCUUGUGGUAUCUGGCAGUUGGCAGUGCUCUUUAUUGUCGAUGUUUUUGUAUCAAUGACAAUAAGUAUGCUGAUUUGCCAUCUUUGCCACCGAUUCCAGAUGACAUAUCAGCAGCGGAAAAUGCUGCAGAGGAGGAAAUCGUCUCUGUUCUUGAUGUUCCACCCGGAAAGAUGGGACGUGUUGUUGGAAGGAGAGGAGCUUCAAUAAUGUCUGUUAAGGAAUCUUGCAAUGCUGAAAUCUUGAUUGGAGGUGCCAAAGGUCCACCUGACAAGGUAUUCAUCAUAGGACCAGUAUAGCAGGUGAGGAAGGCAGAAGCCAUACUGCGUGGGAGAAUGAUGGAUCUGUAACGAGAGACGGCAGUUGCAUCGCUUCUCUCAUGCAUCAUCUUCACUAUUCAUGACAAUCAUGGCUUUCGCGGAUAUUGGAAUUGGCUGUUGAAAAAAUUGUGCUUGUUCUCACUAACUGUAUAGUGAAACGCUUCGGUUGCUUUUCUCUUAACACCUUCUCAAUCAAUAUGCAUACACAGAUUGAUUCCAAA